UACAAAUUGACGUUUUCGCAGCCUUCUGACAAAACGCCCUGUCUGUCACUGCUCCAGGUAAAUAAGUUAAAUUAUUUACCUGGGUUUAAUUUAAGAGUUAAAGUUUAGCUCUGCACUGAGCUGUUUUGUAGCUAAUCGCAAGCUAACAGCUAGUUCAGGUAAAGCCAGCUCAUGAAGUGAGUCACUGAAAAGUAAAAUGAGCGAAACAGCAAGUGUGGACGAUUAUGUAACCCAUAUAUUUGUGCCACUAACAGCUUAGUUUACGAUUGACAAGUGUUUGUGCAGAGCUAAACUUCAGUGCUCACUGACCUGCCAUUGUAUCUGUGGUGAUAGCAGAAUGGCUCUGUUGUCUAACUCUGUAGUAGCUGCUCUUGUCCUCAUUGCAUUUGCUUUGUCAAAUUGUUUCUACAUGAACAACUUGUCCGAUCGUGAAACCAAACUGGUCAGGUGUGUCCAUGCCGAGCCAAACGAGAGCAUAGCAUAUGAGAGGCUUGUCAUUGCUAAUCCAACUGAAACACACAAUAAACCAAGUGAAAAUCACCCUGAAAGUUUCAAAGAGACGACUAAUUAUGGAGAUGACAAAUGCACCAUGGCCCCACAAAGUCGGUUUGACUGUGCCAGGGACAGGGUUCUCAGCAAGAGACAGUGUGAGGAGAGGGGUUGCUGUUAUGCCCCUCUGCCCAAAUCUGUUGGACCACCUUGGUGCUUCUACCCCAGUUUGUACCCUGGCUACAAACUGGGUCCCUUCACUCCUUCAAAACGAGGCCUGGCUGUCACUCUGACUCGUGCCAAACCCUCAUACCUGCCUAGAGACGUCUCUACACUAAGACUGGAAAUCAUUGAGGAGACCACAGGCUGCUUGCACCUCAUUCUGAAGGACCCGUCCUCUCAGCGAUAUGAGGUCAAACUCCCAGCUGAUGUUCCCCAGAGCAGAGCAGAUAACUCCGAUGUCCUUUACACCACCGAGUACCAGUCUGACCCAUUUGGCUUCAUAGUGCGACGUAAAUCCAAUGGACACACGAUUAUAAACACCACUGUGGGACCUCUGCUUUUUGCUGACCAGUACUUGCAGUUGUCCACCACACUAGCCUCUUCCCUUGUGUCUGGCCUUGGGGAACAUUACACCUUCCUGCUCCUAGACCUUAACUGGACUUCUCUUACUCUCUGGAACAGAGACAUGGCACCUCAUGCUCAUGCUAACCUAUAUGGCUCCCACCCAUUCUACAUUGUACAGGAGGCUGAUGGAUUAGCACAUGGAGUUUUCCUUCUCAACAGCAAUGCAAUUGAGGUGACGCUUCAGCCGACUCCUGCUCUCACCUGGGUGUCAACUGGAGGAAUUCUGGACCUAUACUUUUUUUUAGGUCCUGACCCUCAAAGUGUUAUACGACAAUACCUUCAGGUCAUUGGCCAUCCCAUGAUGCCCCCCUAUUGGUCCCUGGGAUUUCAUCUUUGCCGCUGGGGUUACACCACCACUAAUACAACCCGCAAGGUUGCACAACGCAUGCACAAUGCCAACCUUCCAUUGGAUGUGCAGUGGAAUGAUUUGGAUUACGCAGACAAGCGAAGGAUUUUCACUUUUGAUCCCUGGCGAUUUGGUGACCUCCCAGAGAUGGUGGAAGAAUUCCAUAGGAGAGGCAUGAAGUACAUCCUUAUUCUGAUGGCAGCAAAAGCCUCUCAGCUUCUGACUGCUGUGCUCUGCUGGUUUCUGCCCCAGGACCCAGGGAUCAGUAGCACUAGCCCCACUGGAACUUACCCUCCCUUUGAUGAUGGCCUGAAACGAGACGUCUUCAUUAAAAAUGUCACAGGACAAAUUUUGAUCGGGAAGGUAAGACUCCUUUUUUAUAUGUUGUUCCGCCUGAGUGAUAUGCAUAGCAUGUGUUUUACUGUUGACCGCUGUCCGGUUGGUUGGCAAGCACAUUCUUGUAUGGUGUUCCAGGUUUGGCCUGGCCCUACAGCCUUCCCUGACUUCACCAACCCAGAGACCAGACAGUGGUGGGAAGACUGCAUCAGAGAUUUUCAUUCUAAAGUGCCUGUGGAUGGACUGUGGAUUGAUAUGAAUGAACCAGCCAAUUUUGUCCAGGGCUCAAUGGAGGGCUGUCCUCACACUGAUCUUGAAGACCCGCCUUACACACCUAGAGUAGGCGGAGGGGAGUUGAACUCGGGAACUCUCUGCAUGUCAGCUCAGCAGAGGCAAUCCACUCACUACAACCUGCACAAUAUGUACGGACUGACAGAAGCAUAUGCCACAAACAGAGCUCUUACAAAGGUACGAGGGAAGAGGCCUUUUGUCCUGUCUCGCUCCUCUUACUCUGGCAUUGGACGCUUCUCUGGAGUGUGGACAGGUGAUGUCAGAAGUGACUGGGAGCAGCUGCGAUUCUCCAUCCCUGCUGUGCUGCAGUUUAGCCUGUUCGGGGUUCCUCUGGUGGGGGCGGACAUCUGUGGGUUUGAAGGCAACACCACUGAGGAACUGUGUGGGCGAUGGAUGCAGCUUGGGGCCUUUUACCCAUUUAUGAGGAACCACAAUGACAACUUCAAUGCUCCUCAGGAGCCAUAUGUAUUUGGGCAGGAGGCUCAGGCUGCCAUGCGGAGUGCACUGAACCUUCGUUACUCCCUUCUCCCUUUCCUCUACACACUCUUUCAUCAUGCACACACCUCCGCUGACACUGUGGCCAGGCCUCUCUUCAUGGAGUUUCCCACUGACCCCAACUGUCAGACCAUAGACCGGCAGUUCUUGUGGGGGAGUUCACUCCUCAUUAGCCCAGUUUUGGAGCAAGGCUCAGUCAAGUUGACUGCCUACCUACCCUUUGGCAUUUGGUACAACUUGCAUAAUGGUCAGCCUUUUUACAGUAAGGGUCAGUACCUGCUCCUGUCAGCCCCUCUGGACACUAUCAACGUACAUGUGAGGGAGGGACACAUUAUCCCACAGCAGGAUCCUGCUCUGACAACCACAGCCUCCCGCAGAAACCCCUUCUUCCUGACAGUGGCACUGUCAGCAGGUGGCCGGGCCUGGGGAGACUUGUUCUGGGACGAUGGGGACAGUCUUGAUACCUACAAAACGCAAGAUUAUUGUUAUGUCAUCUUCACUGCUGGACAGUCUCAGGUUGUGAGUGAUCCUCUGAUGCUGAAUGGGGCCCUGGAUGAACUGGUGCUGGGAGGACUGCAGGUGUUUGGAGUGCCCUCACCUCCCCGCUAUGUUUUGGCCAAUGGGGAGAAAGUCAGUGAUUUCAUGUACCACAGCGACACCAAGGUCUUGACAGUGACCAAGUUGACCUUGCCCAUGGCAAAGGUUUUCACAGUCCAGUGGGCUCUCUGAUGCAGCCAACAUUGUCGUUAGAUGGCCAUUGGGAGCAUUUGCACUAUGCACAGCUGCUUUUCUUUUGCAGGCCGCAUUUGCUCUGUCUUAUAUCCCUCUACAGCAGGUGUUGUGACAGUGUCACACCAACCACUGGAUCAAGACAGUUCAAUGACUUGUGAAUUUAUGCAAUCUUAUAACUAUAUAUUUAUAGUCCUUCACAUUUUCUGAAAUAGUGUUUCUGUGUUUUAGUUCCAUUGUCAAUAAAAACUGUCGAGAAAAAAAGUGCUCUAAU